AAACACAGGAUAAGAAGAGUUAAACAAGAACAACGCCCUCAUCUUCUCUCUCUCUCUCUCUCUGUGUCUCUCCUCCGGUGGUUCAUUUCGGCCUCAGACAGACAGGAAAAUGGCUCUUCAAGCACUUGCAACACCUUUCCCGCCCUCACUCUCUCUCAUCUCCAACAAACCCACCAGAAACCCCAAUUCUCUCUCUUACCCCACUCCAACCCCUCCCAAGUUCCCUAGACUGACAAUCACUUGCGUGCGAGUGGGAGGCGUGGAGAUUCCGAACAACAAGAGGGUGGAGUACUCCCUGCAGUACAUCCAUGGUAUCGGCCGCACCAGGUCACGCCAAAUCCUGAUUGACCUAAGCAUGGAUAACAAGAUCACCAAGGACUUGAGCGAGGACGAACUCACCUCUCUCCGUAACAAAGUCUCUAGUUACAUGAUCGAAGGCGACCUCAGGCGAUUCAAUGCGGUUGCGAUUAGGAGGUUGAAGGAGAUUCAGUGCUACAGAGGAAUACGACACAUUCAAGGGUUGCCGUGUAGAGGGCAGCACACAAAGAAUAAUUGCCGGACAUUGAAGGGAAAGAGUGUUGCAAUUGCUGGAAAGAAGAAGGCAACUCGUUAAUCCUCGACUGGUCUGUUUUUGUUAUAUUUGUUUCCUAAGAAAUUCUGGCAUGGGUAACCUUGGUGUGGUAGGAAUUCUAAACUACUUUGGAGUUCAGAUUGCUUGAGUUGAAUAUGAGAUCUGGAAUUCAUUUGA